CAUAUUUCAUGGAGACAAACAAUUUCAGAGUUGUGGACGCCAAGGAGCACGAUUCCAGAUCAUCCUCCAACCUGUCUCCAUCCGACUUUCUGGACUCACUCAUGGGUCGCACGUCCGGGUAUGAUGCACGCAUUAGACCGAAUUUUAAAGGUUUGUUUGUCAAUAUCUUCUAGAAAUCUGAACACUUCACUUCCCAUCUUUAAAAAGUAUAAUUAGCCACAAAACUGUCACCGAAUGCAGCUGAAGUACAUUUUUACUCAUGUAGAGAUCCUCUGUUAUCUGUUGCCAGGAUACUGUGCUGUCAUUCCUUUCAUAAGAACAAUAAUUCACUUAAGUUAACAUGAUGGCCCUGGCUUGAAAUAAAUCGUGAACUAACCCCUCAUCAUAACACUGCAUGCUUUGUUUUCAUUCUUGUGAAACUGUGCCAAAUAGAAUCUUAGUUUAAUAAGCAUUUAUAAAACAAGGUGAUAGGGGGGGAGCUUGUCAGGAAGUCAGAUUGGUUCUCACAGCAGACAGGGAUGCCACCAUGACAGGACAGAUGAUGGAUGGUGGCCCCGUGGCAAGGCUGCAGGCUACUGACUUCCUCUGUUGUCGCUGCUGUGAUGCUGAGGACAGACACAGCAUCUGUCACUGGUACAGAGCUGAGUGAGAAGAGGCUGCCGGCCCGCUGGGGGCUCCAGGCCGGGUCAGGUGGGCUGGGAUUUGUUGGGGGUUUGGGGACUCCGGUAGCUAAAGCAGCCUGUAAGUGGACCGACGGGCAGGAUUCAGAAACACAUGGCCCAGAUCUUUACUCUUCAUUUGGAAAUGUUCAGAUUACUGAGAUGAGACAGCCUGUUUAACACCUGCUUGAAUUCUAAAAGGAGGGAUGAUGCAUUGUUUCCGGCUAAUAAAAAGAGGAUUUUAAAAUUAAUGUUGCAGGUUUUAUUCUUUUAAGAGCAAAUCCAGAAUUACAAUCACCUUGACCACACGCAUAUUCUCAUCUUACAGCUUGAGAACAAACACUUUUGCAAGAACCCACUCCAGCGUAAACAGAGGCUUUUUCGUUGUGAACCUGCUUGUCAUACUUUGAAGAGCGUUGAACUGUAUUUCUGAUAGCUGACCUAGAUUUCCUUUGCUGAGUUUGUUGUGAGGAGGCACUGCCUUAUUUUUUUUUCCUGCUUCAGCUGUUAAAUGCAACUAGCUGACGACAAACUGAGGCAAAUAUUAAUACCGAGUGCCAUGCAAUAUUGAUGAGGAAAACACAGGGGAAGGGCACUGGGAAGGGCUUUACAACUUCACUUAUCAGAUAGAGAGAAAAGAUUUGCUGUGACUUUAAAUGGCAUUUUCCAGGCUUCGCAAAGAGAUUUCUGUUCAGGCUACUCUGUGCAGGAAAAAAAAUUACACUUUCAUUAGAGCAUGCUGGGUAGUUUUUACUAAGAGUGUUGGAGAGAACCUGCUCUGAUUUGGCACUGGGACCAGCAGAUUACUGGCGGGUAUUUUCACUAUCAAAUCAUCUGUGAAUUGUUUUCUUAAUUGAUUAGGAAUUAAUUGCUUGGCAGAAAAAAAAUGCAAGAAAAUAGUAUUAUGGUUAUUCCACAAGCUAGAUUUGAAUUAUUUUAUAUAAAUGGAGUGACAUUUUGUUUAAUAUCAUAGAAGGUGAAGCAAAUGCACCUUUCAGAAGCUGAAACCAGUGAUUUAAACAACUGAUCAGAAGAGUUGUCUUCAAUUUCCUGGGGAUUUCUGGUGAUCCAGUAAUUGAUUAAUCAGCUAAUCAGCGCAGCUCUAAAUUACCGUGUAUAUGUGUGUGCAUGCUUUAGCUCGAGUGUGCAUGUAUCCUGUGUUUACUGUGUCGGGAAAAUUGUGUUUACCAACAUUAAUACGGAAGACAUCACUGCAUAAAUUUAAAAAAAAAAUAAGCUGAUACAUCACUGUGACAUCAUGACUGAUUAUUAUAUUUAAUUAAAUUGGAGCUCCAAAGCCAAACUUGGGCUCUCCUAAUGUUCUGUGCCAUCUUCUGCAUGCAACAUGCCACCAUCCACUCCUAAAGCUUCCAUAAAUACUUGAAAACUACUGCUUUUUGUAUCAGUGCAUGUUUGCAUACAAAGUGAAACAGCAGCUUGGACGCCCAAAUUUUCUUCUCUUCCCCACAAGCCCAGUGAUGAUCUGUACGCUCUAAGGCUUUCUCCUGUCAUGUCAUUGUCAUUCCAUUUCACAGGUCCCCCUGUAAACGUUACAUGCAAUAUUUUUAUCAACAGUUUCGGCUCUGUCACAGAGACAACUAUGGUCCACCAGUUAAUGUUACCUGCAACAUAUUUAUCAACAGCUUUGGUUCUAUAGCAGAAACUACAAUGGACUACAGAGUGAACAUCUUCCUGCGGCAGAAGUGGAAUGACCCUCGGCUGGCGUACAGCAAAUACCCAGAUUCCUCCCUCGACCUGGAUCCGUCCAUGUUGGACUCCAUAUGGAAGCCCGACCUCUUCUUUGCCAAUGAGAAAGGAGCCAACUUCCAUGAUGUCACCACAGACAACAAGCUGCUGCGGAUCUUCAAGGAUGGGACUGUCCUCUAUAGUAUCAGGUUGACUCUCAUUCUGUCGUGUCCAAUGGAUCUGAAGAACUUUCCGAUGGACGUCCAAACUUGUACGAUGCAGCUGGAAAGUUUUGGAUACACUAUGAACGACUUGAUCUUUGAGUGGCUGGAGAACGGUGCAGUGCAGGUGUCAGAGGGACUCACCCUGCCUCAGUUCAUUAUGAGGGACGAGAAGGAGCUGGGCUACUGCACCAAGCACUACAACACUGGUAAAUUCACCUGCAUUGAGGUUAAAUUCCACCUGGAGCGGCAGAUGGGCUACUACCUGAUCCAGAUGUACAUUCCCUCCCUCCUCAUUGUCAUCCUCUCCUGGGUUUCUUUUUGGAUCAAUAUGGAUGCUGCUCCUGCCAGAGUGGCACUGGGCAUCACCACUGUGCUUACCAUGACCACCCAAAGCUCCGGCUCCAGAGCUUCUCUUCCAAAGGUCUCUUACGUGAAAGCCAUUGAUAUCUGGAUGGCUGUGUGUCUGCUCUUUGUAUUUGCUGCAUUGCUAGAAUAUGCUGGGGUUAAUUUUGUCUCCAGGCAACAGAAAGAGUUCCUUCGCCUGAGGCGGAGACAAAGGAGGAAUCAGAAGGAUGAGGAUAUGCGUGAAGGCCGCUUUAAUUUCGCCGGCUACAAUAUGAGUCAAUGUCUGCCAACAAAGGACGGCUCAGCUGUUAAGAACGCUGCUCCAGCGCCGAACCCUCAACCACCAGUCCCAAAGGACAUUGACACCAUGAGGAAAAAGUUUGUGGACAGAGCCAAGAGGAUAGACACAAUCUCCAGGGCUGCAUUUCCUCUGGCUUUCCUCAUCUUCAACGUCUUCUACUGGGUCACCUACAAGAUCAUCCGGCACGAGGACAUCCAUAAAAAAUAAAGACUCUACAACUCUCAACGAAUGACAUUCUAUUUUCCAUUUCUCAGAUUGAGAAAUGAUCAGAAAGCACAGAGAGAUGAGAUGAGUAAACUGUGCGUUGAGAGGCACCAUGGGGACGGCGGUGUUCUUUCAGGGAUUAUGUACAAUGUUCAUGCAUCACACAGUAAUGCUCAUGUUCUGACAAUGUGAACAGUUCUUGAGGCGCAGAUGCUUUAUUUGUUCUUGUACUGCUGCAUAAUAUUUUCUGGAGAAUCAAGGGGAAAACGGUUUUAACUCAAGACUUUGUAACAUGCUGGAGAAGACGGACCAAAUUUUUUUUUUUUCUUUUUUAAUCAGUUCUGCCUUGGCAUCUGUACAGCCAAGGGACAAAGUAACAUUCCAUGGAUUCUUAAUUGUAAGGUAGCUCAGUCAGACCCUCAAAGACUUUUUGUGAUUGCAAAAUUUCUUAUCAAGGAUGUUUUAUAGUGCACUGUUGUCAUGGCACUUCCUCUUUGUUUGUACAAAAUACAGCAGCAACUUCUAAGCUAUGUAAACAGUGUGCAUACAGAUGCACCGAACAUUAGGAAGCAGCAUACGUCUCAGGCAUGAGUGUGAAAAAAAAAGCAGAUGAAAAUCUGGAAUCGGAAAUUGGAUACUGCAUUUUUAUGAAAUACCUGAGGCCUUAGAUAUCAAAGAUUUGGUGACAUGAAGUGUUAUGCUUCUCUAUUUUUACAAGCAUCUCCUCUUGUUGAAUGGUCUGUCACAGCUGAAUGCACCCUUUGAGCUUUUCUACCUAUGGCCACACAUCCAAAGGUACUUCUUGAUGUUUUUUCCUUUAUCUUUAAGUCAGUUAUAAAAAAUAUAUAUUCAUGGACAACUGAUGUCACCGAAAAAAAUUGUAAGUUAUUUUUGAGAUGUUUCUAGUUUUGCUUUAAAUCUAAAGUAAUUUAUUAAAUUAACUGUCAUAUAUUUCACGGACAUCAUAAAAGUAUAAUGGUUAAUUUUGAGUGUAUAAGUAAAGCCCACAAACUGUGAACACGCACCACAUUAUUCAAUGUUGUCAUGAGCCCAUAUCCACAUGAAUUCAUUUAUAUUGCAGGUAAAUACUCCAGGUAUCUUAGGUAUGGUUUUAGAGGUUGAGACUACGUUUUUGUAGAUUUAGUCCAAUGAAAUAUUUAUUGUAUUGGGGGAAAGGUUAUGUUUAUAAAAUACUAUCUUUCUGUAUACUUCUUCAACUUCCGUUGUGGACUGUUUCUCUUCACUUGGUGUGUUUGAUGCUGGACGGUGACAUUUGUUUGUAGAUGAGCUCAACAGUGAAGGACAGAUGCAUAAUAUUCAUGGUACAGAGCAGCUAAUGGCCCUUGCACUCCUGACAUACUGUGGUGAAUAACUCUUUUCUUGAAUGCUAUUCAUGGAAAAAAAAGGUUAUUUACUGGCCUGUACAUCAAUAAAAUUGACUGUUCACCAUA